GGGAUUUUCCCAUAUUUCGUAAAUCUUGUGAUGCCAAAAGUUGUGAAAGCCACUAGAAUAGUCUGCACAAUAAGUCAGAAUCAAGUUUUACGUUGAUGUAUAUACAACGAGCUUGAAAUUCAGUGCUUUUUAUGGAAAGAACUGUCGAGUGAUUGUGAUUUUUUUGUCUGUCGAUUCAUGAAAACGCAUGAAGAUGGAUGAAUUCAUAAUUGACAGAUGUAAAGUGCGGACUGUGGAUCAAGUGAAGCCAUCCGUAGAGAGACGAUUUGGGGUGAAAGUUGUUUACAACGAUGUUGUGAAAGAUGAAGGCAUGGAGAAACAGUGGAUUGCUGUCUCAGGCGAAGAGCAAGAGAAAGUUACGAAGGCAAAGGAGUACUUGAAGACCGUUAGUAAUGCGCAAGAGAAGGUUGCCAUGCAGUUUCCAGAGGAAAUGACGGAAAUCAUAUCAAAAGCAAGCAACUAUCAAAAGAUUGAGGAACAGUCAGGAGCCGUCAUAUUGUUCUACAAACCCGGUGAAAUUGACAUCUUGGGCACAGACAUUGCGGUUACUUUAGCCAUGUCAGCAGUGGAGGACUUGGUUAGUCGAUACGAGACAGAGCCGUCAGAAAUAAGUGAAAUGGGUGUUGAGGAUAACGAGGAUGUAGGGGUGAAGCAAAGUGAGACUGUCAGUGAGAGUCGGUUGGACUCGCAACUGAAGUUAUUCUGUGAGAAACAUGAUUUACCAUAUGAAGAUUAUUGUCAUACACAAAGUUCUGUAAAGCGCACUCUAUUGAGCUGGUUGUCAAACGAUAUGGAUAAUAUGAAGGAAGAAGAUGUGAAGUUAUGUGAUGACGUUGUUUGCGAUGGAUUAGAUGACAGUGUUGUCAUUACAGGGACAGCACGAACAAAUUCAGACUGUGUAGUGAUCCUGGAACCUUCGAAAAAGACCCUGGUUUCGAAGACUAGUCCAUCAGCUAAUCUGUUCGGUAAUGAGAACAGUUUAAGGGUCAGUUCACAAGCAGCAGCAAAUGUCUCACCUGUUGGUGAAAUGACCAACGUUUUUCAGAAGGCAAUGAGCAAUGUCGGAAGACGUAAACCUGACAGUCCAACAGUCCACUCUCUGCGGCAGUUUGCAUUGAGUCGAGGAUACUCAAGCGAGGAAGUCGAUGAAGUUUUAGAGGAAAAUCCGGAUGUCAGACUGAGUACCAUUCUUUCUGCCCUCCAUCACAAUCGCAUAAGAAGAGAGGAACAGAAACCACAGCCUAUGGAUGUUGAGCUGCCAUCAGCUUCAGGUGGUAAUCGAAUUCAAACCAAGAGUACUGUGAGAGACUCUAGUCCUAAACCUGGAACUAGUGCUUCGACCUCAAGUAGUGCACAGUCUUUCUGCAGUGCGCAAAGUUCAAGCUCCAAUUCAAAGUUGGAGGGUCACACUGAAGUGUCUGCAGACAGUGAAACAACAACCUUUACAGGGCAUGGCAACACUUGUAAUGAAAAAGAGCAGAAUCGGCCAGGAUCUUGGUCGGUGAAUGAAGACUAUGAUGAUUCAGUGUUUAAAUACUUCAAGCAAUUAUCGAAGCAUUUUACUGAGGAGACUUCAGACUUGUCACGAGAAGACUUGUUAAAGAAUAAUGCGGAGCGCCAAAAGAUUUUGAAGGAUGCGUACGAGAAAGCCAAGGAAGAGAGCUCGAAGGGCCAAAGCCAAGGCACUGGUCAGAUAGAAAAGGAGGGGAAGACUGAUCAGCAGUUGACCAAACAACAGAAGAGGAAGAAGAAGAGGAAGAGGAGGAAGAAGAAGGCAGUGGAAGCUGUCGGUACGGCAACACAGGGUGCUGCGGCGUCUGCAGCCGAAAAGGAGGAAGACGAUAUGGAUGAAAGCAGUGAAGAAGGAGAAGCUGAAGAAGAAGAUGAAGAUACCCGCGACGUGGUCGUUGAGGAAGAAGUCCAGUUUGUUGCGAUGAAAGGUCAUGCCAAGAAUGCUGGGGGAUACAGUCGAUCACCAAGGCCACAGAGUCCUCAGAAUCCGAAGAAAGCUCGCCAGGAAAACAGAACUGGGAAAAGAUUAGAUGUUGAAGGACCAGUUGUGUCUAAGACAGCAGGUGUUAUGCAACAAGCGAAAAAAUUCAGUGUGAAUGAUUGGACUUUGAAUAACAGUCAACAGAAAUUUGAUGACGCUACUGCUAGUGGGUCGGGAUGUGGCAAUGUUCGUCCCCGUCACCCAAGCGGGAAUACGCAAUCCAAACAAAAGAAUUCAAAUUUCAAAACCACAAGGCAGCCAUAUUCACGUCCACAGCAGCAACCUAGCUAUGAACAGUAUAGAAGUGUACCCCCGGCAGCAGGGUUUGGUAUGGGUGGACAGCAAUCCGGUCGACGGGUGGCUAACCGUCCAAGCCCUAAGCGAGGACAUCGUCUGCGACCAAUUGUGAUAGAUGGCAGCAAUGUGGCAGUGGCCCAUGGCAAUCAGAAUAUUUUCUCAUGUAGAGGAAUCGAAAUCGCAAUUAACUAUUUCAUAAAACGAGGCCAUAAAGAUGUGACAGCCUUUGUUCCAAGGUGGCGGCAGGGAGGACAAAACCACCAAAUUAGGCCGACAGUUGAUCGGGAAAUCUUGAACGAAUUGGAAAAGGAAGGGAGAGUUGCAUUCACUCCUUCAAGAUACAUCAAUGGGAGAAAAAUCACAUCUUAUGAUGAUAGAUUUGUUGUCGAGUUGGCUGCUGAAAACGAUGGUGUCAUUCUCUCCAAUGACAACUUCCGAGAUUUGAUGCAUGUGAAACCAAAAUGGACGACUGUGAUACAAGAAAGAUUGCUGAUGUUCACCUUUGCUGGAGAUCACUUCAUGGUCCCUGAUGACCCAAUGGGACCCCGAGGACCAUCACUGGACCAGCUAUUACAGAAACCAGCUGACCCCAUGGACUAUGGCUUUAAUCGCACUGAUGGUGCUCCUGGACCUGCCCCAAACUUCCUCCAGAUGCCUCCACAGAUACCUUUCCAGCCAAUGCAGGCCACCAACCCUCGCUUGACAGCUGCCGUGAAUCCCAUGCAGCAGCCAAAUGGACGAGGGCAACCUCGGCUGAAACAUGCACAGCAGCCAAUGGGACAACCUCGCCAGCAGCACCCUCCACACAAGCAACAUCCACCACGACAGAGAGCUCCUGAGUCUCUGGCACAUCCUCCACGCCCCCAGCAAGAGACGGAAAACCUAUCUUCACAACUAUUGUCAAUAUUCCCAGACAAGAGCCAAAUGGUGAAUCAAAUACUAAUCAAUCACGCAUCAGAGACGGACUUGAAUAAACUUUCAGCGUACAUUCUGGACGCCAUGAUUUGAGUCUUACGCUUUGUCUGAAGAUCACUAGAACUUGUGACAAACGUUCAUUCAAUUCUACGCAGCAAGGAACUUGGGUGUCUAGUAUCUCUUCAUGAUAGAAAUAGGUUUGGUCUAUCAGUGUUGUUACAAGCCUUCCAUGUAAUUUAGCUGGUCGGUCUCGGACAGUAAAGGACACAAAAAUGUACAGAUUAAUAUUGUAAAACAAUGUAAUUUACCCGUUUUGGUUUUCAUUGUUAUUGCUUAAUCACACUGAGUCUGACUGUAUUUAGUACAUACCCGUACUCAUUAAGGAUGUUGACGUUGUAGAUGUUGUCUUGCUACUGGCUCUUUAUCUCCUUCGCACAAAUUUUGUAUAUACUUGAUCGUAAAAGAUUCAUACGUAGUGCUAUUCAGCUAGCUCACCCAUAAGGCAGAUUUUUUCCUUGCAGCCAUUUUGCAGUGUGGCUUUUGUUCAGUUAUGUUGUUUUCUUCAUGUAAUGUGGUUCCAGGUUGAACUAGGCAGAAAAAAGUCACCUUAUAUCGUAACGUUGGAUCAUUGUGUUACAUGUACAUGUAUAUCAAAAGAAAUGCUUUUAUUAGCAAGGAACUGGUAAACAUGAGGUUUGGGAAUUACUUUUAGCAUUAUGAUUCUGAUGAUGGCCAUUAGCUUGUUGGGGGCACAGACCCAGUAAUUGUUUAAUUUAUUUCCACUACGGUGCGGGGGGAGGAGGGGUUAAGACUUCCAGUUUCAUUGUAAGCAAUAUUUUAUGUUAUUAUACACUGUUAGUGUUAGUCAGCGACUAUCUACAAUGUGGAAUAUUAAAAUACUUUGAUAUGA